AUGGGCGCAAAUGGGAGCAAAGUCACCGCCCAGGACAAGGCGAUCCUGAACAUGAAGAAUCAGCGCGACAAAUUGCAUCAAUACCAACGGCGCAUCACCGUAUUGACCGAUAAGGAGACGGACAUUGCUAGGGAGAUGCUCGCCAAGGGCGAUAAAGAGCGCGCUCUUUUGGCUCUACGGCGCAAGAAAUACCAACAAAGCCUGCUUUCCCAGACGGACUCGCAACUCGAGCAGCUAGAAAAGCUGACAUCCAACGUUGAGUUUGCGCUCAUCCAGAAAGAUGUGUUAUUCGGCCUGCAACAGGGCACCAGGGUGCUCAACGAUAUUCACAAGGAGAUGGGUGGCAUAGAGAAUGUGGAAAAGCUCAUGGGCGAAAGCGCCGAUGCCAUCGCAUAUCAACAGGAAAUUAGCGAUAUGCUCGGCGGUCGCAUAUCUGCACAUGACGAGGACGAGGUAGAAGAAGAACUAGAAGCUCUCGAGAGAGAAGUGACGGGCAAAAUAUCACAAAAACUCCCAGCGGGCCCCGAAACGACACUGCCGGAUCUCCAGCCCGUACCGAAUCACGAGCCAGUUCAUUCUGCGGCUGAGCAACCGCAAAAGCACAAACUUGAGGCGAUCCCGGCAUCUUGA